AUGAUCCCUAGCUUGACUCAGGUGACUGUAACUUCAGAAUCCGAUGUUCCCGUGGCCAAGCUCGGGCAAGCUGGGUAUUACCAUUCAGUAUUGAUGAUGCGGUAUCGAAAGCUUGCCGUCAGUACAGUACCGUAUCGUCAUCUUGAGGGCUCCGGUGGCGGUACCGAGUACAGUGGGUUUGCCACUGUGCGUAAGGGCUUUACACGCUCCAGAGCUUCUGGAAUCUCUCUCGAGCUGUACUGUAGGAGACGAGGAGCUGGGGAGAGCUUCGGAGGGGCCGCUGAUAGUGCCUAUCGAACUAUCGACUAUCGAUUAUCGAGAUCGCAUCACCCCUCCGUUGUGCUUAUCGAGGGCAGGGAAUGA